ACUAACCAUCCCACACACUGAGCCUAAAUUCCAAACAAUUCCAUUCCAACUUUACUUUGUUUUUCAACUCACCUUUUCCCUCCUCUUGCUUGCACACUCCUACACAUCGUGUCUCCUCUCUCAAACCUCACACUUCACAUACUCUAUAAAUAUUUAUAUAUGCUUAUUUUUGUUCACAUGAUUAGCCAACAAAACACUUUUUUCCCCCAAACACCACUCAUCUUCUCUAGUUUAUGAUAUCUUCAUUUCUCUCUAGUUGUUUCAAGGAAAGAAGAGCCAGCAUAAUUUGGGAACCACAUUGAAGAAGGCAAAAGAAGGAGAAGAAGAACAAGAUUGAAGAUGGAAACAAGUGUAAAUUACUAUGUGCUACUUCUUGUACUUGGUCAUUUCCUUUGUUCAGGUUCAAGUAGGACACAUAGGGAAGUACCAACACAUGUGAAUGUACUAAGGCAUGAUGAAGAAAAACAACUAGAAUUAACAGCCUCAAAGUCCACCACUGAAAGGGAUAUUACCACACCAAUCACCACAAUUCCCAACUUGGUUCCCAUCACUUCAACAUCUCCAAUCCUGAAUCCUAAUUCCAACCCAGAUACAGUCUCUCCAGCCUCCACACUCCCAAUCACCACUCCUUCCACACCAAAUAAUUCCUCAUCAGGUGCAAGCUGGUGCACUGCAAGCCCAACAGCCUCACAGAGAGCAUUGCAAGUGGCAUUGGACUAUGCUUGUGGAUAUGGUGCCACUGAUUGUUCUGCAAUUCAACCUGGUGGAAGCUGUUACUUCCCAAAUUCUGUCAGAGACCAUGCUUCUUAUGCCUUCAAUAAGUAUUAUCAGAAGAAUCCUGUUCCUAAUAGCUGCAACUUUGGUGGAGCUGCUGUCAUCACUAGCACUAAUCCAAGUACUGGGGCAUGUCAAUAUGCAUCCACAAGCAUUAGUUCAUCAGUCUUGAACACAACAAACACAAGUGGUGCAAAUGUCUUUGGUUCAGUACCUGUACCUAAGAACCCCUCUGCCUCUGGUGGUGCUUCUACUACAUCAACUAAACUUGUACAAGUUUGCCUCAUUCUAUGGCCAUUAGCAAUUUUGGAAUUGAAUUAUCUCUAACAUGAAUGAAAGUUAGAUUUUUCUUGGAUCUGGUCUUUUAUUUUAUUUUAUUUUGGGGUACUAGAAAAGCACAUAGGUACAAAAUCAUCAAUAUGACAUACAUGAUAGAUCACUUUGUAUAAAAGUAGCAAUUAUAUAAAGGGUGUUAGCAGAGAUUUAUACCGUACAUUACUUUUUCCACCUUUAUAAGUUUAAAGUUUUUUUUU